AUGCCCGGUCCCGUAUUUAUUCUCAGGGGCAAGUUUUUCCCGCCCAAGCAAAUCACGACGACUUUCGAAGGCAAGACCAUCAUCGUGACAGGGUCAAAUACCGGCGUGGGUUAUGCAACCGCCCUCAAAUAUGUCCAACUCGCCGCGUCAACCGUCAUUCUGGGUGUCAGGAGUCUGCAGAAGGGCGAAAUAGCAAAAACGCAAAUUGAAAAGGCGACAGGGCGGGCAGGCGUUGUCCAAGUAUGGCAAUUGGACAUGGCCAGCUUCGAAGGCAUCGGUGCAUUCGCCAAGCGAAUUGAGAGCUUGAAAAAGGUCGAUGUCGCUGUUCUUAACGCAGGUAUCAUUAGUCGCAAUUUCAAGCUGUCUGAGAAGGGAUGGGAGAACAAUCUUCAAGUCAACACUCUCGGGACUGCGCUCUUAGCGAUCCUUCUCACCCCAAAGCUGCAAGCGUCCCGAAGUGCAGAUUCACCGGCACACCUAGUUGUGGUCACAUCGACAGGGCACAUCGACGCGCAGCUGAAACCUCAAGACAAAAAUCAGCUUCUCCACAAAUACAACAGUGACCUUGGCGUGGGACCGUAUCAGCAGCACGUGGCCUCCAAGUUGUUCAUGAUGUGGAUCACAAGAGAGCUAGCAUAUCGCUGUCUCGAUGCCAAUGGCGAGCCAACGGUGAUUGUUAAUGAUGCGUGUCCUGGUGCAUGCCGGAGUGACGUUGCAAGAGAGUUCAACACCACUCUAUGGGCCAUUGCUAAGGGCAUUGGAUCUUUUCUGCUCAUGAGACCUGCGGAAAAUGGUGCUCGCGUGCUUGUUGGCGCAUCCACUUUAGGGAAGGAUUCACACGGACGGUGGUGGUCUGCAGAUGGAAAUUACAGGCCGUGA